AUGUACAUAGAGACUCAGCUUCUAGAUCCAGAGGCUCCUCUUGAUGUGUCAUUCAGCUUCAGGACAACAAGACCAGUCGGCACCCUCCUGCAGCGCAGAGUGAACGACCUGCUCCUCAGCAUCGAGCUGAUGGACGGCCAUCUCUGUCUGCGCAGCCUGAGAGGUCAAGGCUCCAGCACGCUGGUUCAGGAGCUGCCUGAGUACUUGUCCAACAACAAGUGGCACACGGUAGAAGCAUCACUAGGCGGCGUGGUCAGUCUCAUCAGGCUGCUUUGCAUUGAAGGGAGCUGCAUCAGAGACUCCCGCUCGGAAGUCCAGGUGCUUGAGCAAGCCUCUGCUCUCCCAGAGCCAGGAACAGUUCGUCAAAGUCUCUUCAUAGGAGCAAUCGGUGGGAACUGGGGUUCGGGCAGAGCGGCGGAUGAAGCAGAUUACCCGCCUGCUUUUCUAGGCUGCUUCAGAGAUGUGUUAGUGGACUCACAUCUGGUGUUGCCUGCUGUAGUGGCAGAAGAUUCAGACACUCAGGAAAAUGUCACAGCAGGAUGCAAUGACAAAGACAAGUGCGAUGAAAGUCCGUGUCAGAACCGAGGGCGCUGUGUGAGCCAGGGCUGGAGGAGCUACAUGUGUGAGUGCCACAGGCCAUACGAGGGAAACGACUGUGCAGAGGAGUAUAUCACAGCAAGGUUUGGAAACAAAGACCUGGAGAGUUAUGCUUCAUUCUCACUGGACGAUGACCCAGGUGAUACUGUGACUAUAUCCAUGUUCAUACGCACCAGACAGUCCAGCGGGCUGCUCCUCAUCCUGGCCAACAGCACCAGCCAGUACCUCCGCCUGUGGCUGGACGAGGGCAGGGUCAAAGUUCAGGUCAACAACUUUGAGACUUUCGUCGGUCAGGGUGCGGUCAGUGACGGCCAUUUCCAUCUGGUGACUGUAAAGCUGGAAGGAAUGACUGCCAUGUUGUUCCAGUCAGCCCAGAGCCAGGGCUCUAUGCCCAUUAGGCCCAUCCAGGCUCAGGCUUUGGAUAUGGUUUUUGUUGGUGGGCUCCCAGACUCCAGGGCCUCUGCCUCGUUUGGUGGCUACUUUAAGGGAUGUGUCCAGGAUCUGAGGAUUAACAGCAAACGGCUGCAGUUCUUUCCCAUUGCUACUCCGGUGGACUCUUACAGCCUGGAGCAACUUAUCAACGUUGCACAAGGAUGCAGCAGUGACAAUGCCUGUGCUGUCAAACCAUGUCUCAAUGGGGGAGUGUGUUACCCCAUGUGGGACGAUUUCAUCUGUAACUGCCCCCCCAACACUGCAGGGCAGCGCUGUGAGGAGGUGAAGUGGUGUGAGCUGUCCCCCUGCCCCACCACCGCUGUUUGUCAACCCGUCUCUCAGGGCUUUGAGUGUUUGUCUAAUGUGACAUUUCGGGCUGAUAGCAGCAUUUUGCACUACAGGAGCAACGGGAAUAUCAAGCGCAGCCUAAGCAGUGUCUCCAUCAGCUUCCGCACAAGACAGUCCGCUGCCGUCUUACUACAUGCACAAAAAGACUCAGACUACCUCACGGUCUCCUUCCUGGACUCUCAUGUGUUUGUGGAGCUCCAGUCUGGGGCUGACGAGGAUUCCCACAAGAUGACAGUUCAAAGCCAGGAUCCAACCAGUGAUGGCGAGUGGCACACUGUUGAGCUCAGCAUGGAGGACCCAACGCAGCCGACCUGCAGGUGGAUCAUGGCUGUGGAUGGAGGGAAGAAGGAGCUAAGCGUGUCUAAAACAGCUGCAGGGGACUUGGAUUUUCUUAAGGAGGGAGCAGACAUCUUCCUGGGGGGACUGAGCUUAGAUGCUGGAGUGAACCUGUCUGGGUGUCUGGGACUGGUGGCGAUUGGAGGCCUUGCUCUACCUUUCCACUUGGACACAGACUUAAACCUCCCCAGACCUCAGGAGGAGAAGUUUUCCAGGAUAAACAGUAACGUUGCCCCACGAUACGGCUGCUGGGGCGCAAGCGUGUGUGCACCCAACCCGUGUGACAACGAGGGUGUGUGUGAGGACCGAUUUGACCUGCACCAAUGCACAUGUCCCUCUGAGUGGAAGGGGCCACUUUGUCAAGACCCAACGGACAACUGCAUCUACAGCCCCUGUAUCAACGGCAACUGCAUCAACCUACCGGGGGGAUUCAUGUGUGUGUGUGAGCCGGGGUACAGUGGUAUACAGUGUGAGGUGGAAGUUGACACGUGUGAAAAUAACAAUUGCAGCAAAGGCGCCACGUGCCUCAAAGGUUUCCAGAGCUACGCGUGCGUCUGCCCUCGGGAUCUGACAGGCCAAUACUGCGAGGAGAAAGUUCCUGAAAUCCCAUGGUACAUUGAGACCAAUCCACUUCCUCAGUUGCCUGUAACUACAUGCACGGGCACAAGAUGGAAUUACAGCUGCUUUAAUGGAGGGAACUGUUCUGAAGUAGACAACAGCUGUUACUGCCUGCCUGGUUUCACCGGACAGUGGUGUGAAAAGGACGUGGAUGAAUGUGCCUCGGACCCGUGCAUGAACGGCGGAUUCUGUGUCAACUACGUGAACAGUUUUGAGUGUGUGUGUGAUAUGGAUUACUCAGGGAUACACUGCCAAAUCGACGUCAGUGACUUCUACCUGUACGUCUUCUUGGGCCUGUGGCAGAACCUCUUCCAGCUGGUGUCCUAUCUUGUGAUACGCCUCGACGACGAUGAGCCAGAAAUUGAGUGGGUGUUCCACGUCAAUGACUAG